UCUCGUACUGCUCUUGCAAUAGAAAAACGCAUCUCUAAUCGAGUCUAAAACAAAGAUGUUCGCUGAUUCCAUUAAAGCUUUUCUUGUGGUCGUGCUCGCCUUCAUACUUGCUUCUGAGGCCUUUCUUCGGGAAGUUAAUGCCGCCGGAGAGUGCGGAAAGACCCCCAUCAGGUCUGCGGCUGCAAGCUUGAGCCCUUGCUUGAGUGCAGCUGGGAAUGCUCGGGCCAAGGUUCCACCAACAUGCUGCACCAAAGUUGGUGCUUUGAUCCAGACCGCACCCAAGUGUCUUUGUGCGGUUUUGUUGUCGCCUUUAGCAAAGCAGGCCGGGAUCAAGCCUGCCAUUGCCAUUACUAUUCCAAAAAGGUGCAACAUCAGCAACCGACCGGCGGGAAAGAAGUGCGGAAGAUACAUUCUCCCGUGAGAGGCAAACCCAAAGUCAACUAUAAAAAGAGAAGGCGAGCAAGAUGCGGAGUGCUAAAUAAGAGUGUUUUUAUUUUCCCUUCGAGUUAGUUGGUGCAGAAUAAGAGUUGUCAUAUUGUGUUUUUAUUUUCCGUUCGAGUUAGUUAGUGCAGAAUAAGAGUUGUCAUAUUGGGCCAUGCACUGCUAGGUAAUUGACCCAUGGAGGCAAUAACCUUGCUCAUAUGCGUUUAUAAUAUUGUUGUACGUUCUGAUGUCUA